CUUAUAAAAUGCCCCUUCAAAGUUCAAACCCUGACAUUUCCUCCUCUUGCUGCUCCCUUCACCCUCCCUCUCCAAAACCCUCCUGAAACCCUAGCCUCCUCCUCUCUUGCCCACCAUGGAGUUUUGGGGUGUUGAAGUCAAGGCAGGGCAGCCUCUUAAAGUUAAACCUGGUGAGGAGCAGGUCAUACAUCUUUCGCAGGCAUCUUUGGGUGAGUUUAAGACAAAGGGAAAUGAAUCAGUCCCUCUCUUCUUAAAGUUUGAUGAUCAGAAACUUGUCUUGGGAACCCUUUCCCAGGAGAACUUCCCUCAGCUAUCUUUUGAUUUGGUUUUUGAGAAGGAGUUUGAGCUCUCUCACAACUGGAAACAUGGGAGUGUCUACUUUCUUGGCUACAAAGCAUUUACUCCAGAGGAGGAUGAUCAUGACGAUUUUGAUACUGAUUCAGAGGAUGAAGAGUUGGAGGAUUUGCCAUUGAUUAGCGGAGAAAAUGGCAAGGCUGGUUCAACAAUUACCACUCAAAAAGCUGCAUCCAAGCCUGAAUCUUCUGAAAAGCAGGUUAAGCUUGUAGAACCAAUCAAAGACGAUGAGGAUGAUGAUUCUAGUGAUCAGGAUGAUGAUGAUGCAAUGUCAUUUGAGUCUGGUGAUGACUCUGAUGAUGACUCUGAUGAGGAGAGUGAAGAAACACCAAAGAAGGUUGAAUUGGGAAAGAAGAGGCCCUCUGAUGCUGCACACAAAACUCCCGUACCUGCUAAAAAAGCAAAACCAGCUACUCCUCAAAAGACAGAUGGUAAGAAGGGUGGUCAUACCGCAACUCCACAUCCUUCCAAGAAGGCUGGAAAGACUCCUGCAAAUAGCGACCAAGCUAAGCCGCAGACCCCAAAAUCUGGUGGUCAAUUCUCUUGCAAGUCUUGUAGCAAGAGUUUCACCUCAGAUGUUGGUCUUCAGUCACACACAAAGGCCAAGCAUGGUGAAAAAUAAGUAGUUGGUGGACGAUUGAUUAUCUGUACAUGCACACAGCCGUAGCAUGUUCUGGAUUUUUUUCAUGGGAUGGGUUACAGAGUCGAGUUUUAUUAGGGUUUUGGCAUGGUAUACAAGAGAAUUUUCUAGUUGUUUUUGGAGUUCUGUUCAAGGAUUUAGUAUAUCCCUAUUGUGCUUCUUGGACCAUUUUAAUGGAGGUGGUGAUUUUGUCUCGUA